AUGUCGAGACGAAUGGACAUGCCGGAGCACAAGAAGCGAUCGGCUGCGGCAGACGUCGCGGACGCCGACGCCAGCAGUUUCCUCGACAACGCGCAGCGCUCAGUGGACUUCCUCUUCUCUCCAGUCGUCGUCUUACCAGGUGAUGACGUGACGUCUGCGCUCACGAAGACGACGCGUCGUGUCAAACUCGGCGCGGGACUGAAGCAGCUACCAGACGAUCGGAUCGUGUGCACGAACGCAGGCGUUCUUCGCUACCGCCCAGCCAAUCGCUACUGGGUUGAGUACACAUGCAAACGCUACGUUGCGUCAUUAGACGACGGCGUCAUUGGCGUCGUAACGGAUCGAAACGCCGACUUUUAUCGUGUAAACAUUGGAGCUGCUGCUAGCGCUGUCUUGGGCAUGCUGGCGUUUGAUGGGGCUACAAAGCGGAAUCGCCCCAAUCUCCGUCUUGGAUCUCUCGUCUAUGCUCGCGUGAACAAGGUGAACAAGAACGUGGAACCCGAAAUCACUUGCGAAGCUCCUCCGAGUGUGACCAAGAAAGAUUGGAUGACUGGCUUGGCCAUCUAUGGUGAGCUGAACGAUGGUUAUGUCUUCAAGACGUCUAUCGGGCUAGCGAAGUCGUUGCUGCACGACAAUUGCCAGGUGCUAGCGUCCCUGAGCAAGCGACUGGCUUUUGAGGUAGCUGUUGGAGUCAACGGUGUUGUGUGGGUCAACGCAAAAACAGCGAAGAACAUUACAAUAAUUUCCAACUCAAUCGUGAACUCCGAGACCAUGUCAUCCAGUGAGAUCAAUGCCAUGGUGACUCGGCUCACGGAAGAUGCUGAUGACGCUUGA